GAUUGACAAUGUCUGUGAUGAAGACUGGCCGAAUUUCCUCCCACUGUGCCUGCUGAUUUAGUUGAUAAAUUCCGGGCGAGAUCCAACCCACUCUUUCAACUUAUAACUCUUCCAGUAAUUUCAUAUUCGGCCAUUGAAUUUAUGAGAAGCCCUCAGCUCGAAGAAUUUCUAAGAACCCCUAACGGUGGAUUUUCUGAAAGAGAAUGUGAGUUUUCUCGACUAGAAAGUGUAGAAGAUGGAUCUGAUGUGGAUUCUGCUAACUUGUAUUAUCAGGCUCAAAAGCUUAUAAGUCUCUGUGGCUGGGAACCACGUUUACUACCUUAUGUAGUUGAUUGCAAGGAUGGACAGAAUCAGUUUGCCAAAGAUGCUGAAAUUUUAAGUUUACCUCAGGGAGCUGAUUAUGGACUAAACUUGUGUCUCAACUUUCAUGCAGCUGAUGAAAAUGAAAAUUUGGAGGCAAAUAAAGACUGAGAAUUCUUUUAGAUUGCAGUAUGAUCCCAAA